UUGUUAUCGCGGGUCCUACCGACACACAGCCCAGUAGUGGCCGGAAUAGAAAGGGUUGGCGGCAGGCGGUGCAAUAAUAUCAUUAUUAUCUCUGUAUUAGUAUUUUCGUGUUGCGAUUAGGUAUGUCAUACUAUACUGGAAUCGCAUAAUCAUAACAAUAUUAAAGAAGUUAUCGGUUUCGUUAUUCUGCAAGCGAUUUGGUCGUCGGUCAAAGCCGGGAGCGUGUCGGUUAACACCUACCAACGGGCCGCUUAAAAUGCUUGAACUCUGCAGCCGCUGUUAGGUGGUCACCGCGAAAUUCAUCAAAACAUGUCGAUGGAUGCAAAGAAUUCGUUGGACGACGAAGACAUGAAAGGUUGGCUUUUCAAGUGGACCAACUACAUAAAAGGCUAUCAAAAACGAUGGUUCGUCCUGUCCAAUGGAAUACUGUCCUACUACAGUACACAACAUACUAUAAUUGACAAAAUUGUACGAAGUCCAGCAGAGAGGACUCAAGCUGAGAUGUCUCAACUAUGUCGUGGCACAAUCAGAUUACACGGGGCAUCAAUACAGACAGAAGACUCCUGUACUAUAGUAAUAUCUAAUGGUGGUGCUCAAACAUUUCAUUUACGAGCAACAAAUGAAGUAGAACGACAACGAUGGGUUACUGCUUUAGAGUUAGCUAAAGUUUGUGAAAUUAAGCCAACAACAACAGAUGGCAGCAAAGAAAAUGAAUUAAAUGCAAAUCAGGAAGUGUCAUCAGUAGUAUCUUCAUUGAACAAAAAAUUAGCGGAGCUACGUUCUCAAAAUGAAAUAAUAUCAAAACAUAGUAAAGCUCUUCAACGUUGCCUAUCAGAAUUAGAGAAUUCAGAUUUGCCUCCUGAUGUCUCUACAAAAAUAAAAGCUUGGCUUGAACGUGCAAAUUUAUUUCGCAUCGCAUCUAUUGGCAUGGUCACUAAUUGCUCCGAGUACUUAGAUUUGGCCCAAAGUCAGGGUAACAAGUGGAAAAAGAUGUUGUAUAAUGAACGACGACAGCGACUUCAGCUAGUCGAAAUGGUUGACCAAAUUGCUAGAGAACAGACGGUCAUGGAGCAUGUAGCUAACAAUGACAAACAAGGAGAUUCAUCCGAUGAUGAUUCUUCGGACAAUUGCGAAUUUUUUGACGCUCAAGCUGGCGACUUAUUGGACGGGACCACAAAUAGUUUCCUAGUCAAUAGACAGUCUCCCAACGUCCAUCAACAUAAAUCUUUAACGCCCGGCACACCGGCUUUAGAUAAGUUGGAAACCGAAGAACUGGACUGUAGUGGAGGAUCCAGCAGUGAUAUCGACGAUGUGCCAGACUCUUCAGCCAUAUUGACGGCGGCGAUUUGCUCGUCAUCUGCUCUAAAAACGACUCGUGAUAAAAACAAUGAGCCUACCAGUAUGUUCCCUCAGUUGUCUGAAAACGCGAAAAAAAUGGUUGAAAGUGUUAACAAACAUCCGCUGAAACCGGGCGACAAACGAAGGUGCCGGGUUCCAGACAAACCAAAUCAUCAGCUGCACAUCUGGAGCAUUUUGAAAAACUGCAUAGGGAAAGAUCUGUCCAAAAUACCAAUGCCGGUAAAUUUUUCUGAACCGCUGUCGAUGCUUCAACGAAUUACGGAAGAUUUUGAAUACUCCAGCAUACUUGACACAGCUGCUCAAUGUAAAGAUCCAUUGGAACAGUUGGCUUACGUUGCCGCGUUUACAAUAUCCUCAUAUUCUACAACUGUGAACCGUACGAGCAAACCGUUUAACCCGUUAUUAGGCGAAACCUAUGAAUGUGAUAGGAUGGCAGAUCUAGGUUGGAAGGCAUUUAAUGAACAAGUUUCACAUCAUCCGCCAAUUUCAGCACAACACUGUUCGGGUAAAGAAUGGACGUGUUGGCAAGAAUUUUCCAUGUCUUCAAAAUUCCGUGGCAAGUACUUGCAGGCCAUCCCUGGUGGUAUUGCUCAUCUUGAGUUCUCAGCUUCUGGAAAUCAUUACACAUGGACCAAAGUCACAACUACCGUCCACAAUAUUAUAGUUGGAAAACUUUGGGUUGACCAAACUGGUGAAAUGACAAUAACUAAUCAUAAAGAUGGAUCUAGGUGUCGUUUAAGCUAUAUACCUUAUAGCUAUUUCACGAGAGAUCAACAGAGAAAAGUGAAAGGGUAUGUUGUGAACAAAGAUAACGAGGUAAAAUGGGUCGUGAAUGGUACAUGGGACAACAAAGUCGAAAUAGCUCCCGUAAUUAAGUAUGAAGGUCCCGUCGAUAGUCCGACCUGUCAAACUGGAAGUUAUAUGUUAGUUUGGCAAAGGAAAAUUCCUCCAGCUGAUUGUGAAAAAUAUUAUUAUUUUACCACAUUGGCUAGUCAAUUAAAUGAAAUGGAAGAAGGUAUAGCACCAACAGAUUCGAGAUACAGGUCUGAUCAACGGUUAAUGGAAUUCGGUCUGUGGGAUGAAGCUAAUAUAGAAAAACUUAGGCUAGAAGAAAAGCAGAGAAUUCGAAAUAGUAAGGCUCAUACUCUUAAUGAAACCACUAAGCAGUAUAAUGAUAAUGAAGACGACGAUGAAGACGCUGAUCAAGAAAAUGUUAAAAGUGUUGUUAAACCGGCGUGGUUCAAGCGAGAUUUGUGCAAAUGGACGAAAACACCAUGCUACAUAUUUACUAAUGAGUAUUGGGAGUGUAAACAGAAACAAGACUGGAGCAGAUGUCCAUCGUUAUUUUAAAGCAGCACUUGAUAAUUGUUGUUUUGUCUUUAUACAGUUUUGAUAAGUUUUUUAAUAGUAACAACGGUAAUAAAAUCAAACCACUGCUUAUAUACAGCCAUGUACAAUAUACAUAGUACAAUGUAUCA